AUUCGGCCCCGCCAAACACAUCUAAGACCCUUGUGCUUUAGCUUACCCGUCAGAGGUCCACUCGUCACCGACCGUGGACAUACAGGCCUUCCAUGGGAAAUUUUCCAUGAAGUCGAUCAGUUCAGAGGUUAUGAAUUAUUGAAUUCCACGCAGCUAUUGCAAACAACAGCUAUUCGAACAGCUUCAACUUAAAUCAAGGGGCAAAAUGGGCAAAUCGCGACGCAACAAAGGCACGGCCCAGAGGUCCGAUCCUCUCGCCAAACCCGUCAAGCCACCCACGGACCCGGAGCUUGCUGCGCUGAGGGAGAAGAGUAUUCUGCCCGUUCUUAAAGAUCUACAGGCUUCAGAGCCAGUGUCUCGUACCGCCGCUGCAAAGGCUGUUGCAAAUAUCGUCCAGGAUACCAAGUGCCGGAAACUGCUGCUCAGAGAGCAAGUCGUCCACAUUAUUCUCACCGAGACCUUGACCGACUCUAGCAUUGAGAGCCGCGCAGCUGGAUGGGAGAUUUUGAAGCUUCUGACGCAGGAAGAAGAGGUCGACUUCUGCGUUCAUCUAUUCAGAGUCGAUCUUCUCACGGCUAUUGAGCAUGCUGCCAAGAGAACCACAGCCUCUCUCAAGGGCUCAGAUGCAGCUUUCGGUAAAGCUUCGAAAGCUGAGCAACAAGUUGGCUACGAGAUUUGUGAAUCUUUGGCCAUAAUCAUAAAUGCACUGGCUGAAGCCCAGGAUGAUAUUCUUGAGGCCAUUGUCCGCAAUGAGCGCAUUGUUGAGUUCCUGCUUACACUUGUAUCAAGUAGUCUCAUCAACAACGGUGCCAAAAACAGCGCCCUUUCAUGCUUGAUGACAUUGACUGAGGACAACCGACAGUUCGUGGAGAGGAUACUUGGCGAUACUCAGAACAAUGUGUUCAAGCAUCUCAUGUCCUUCAAAGGCGGGAAUGACUUCAAGGCAGUCCUGGCCUGUGGUGUGCUACACAACAUCUUCGUCGUCAUGGAAUGGGAUGACUCGAAUCCUGGCAGGGACAAGUCCAGUGAUGCGUCUCUUGUGCCGACGCUAGCUAAUGCCAUUGAGUCUGCUCCUGCCUCCGCCAGCUCCGGAAAGCCUGCCAGUGACUCGAAUCCCAUCGAGGUUUUACAAGUGGCCCUAGAGGUUCUUGCAUCGAUCGGCACCGCUCUGCAAGAUACUUUACAGCGAGGCAACAAGGCAGGAAAUGAUUUCAAAGGAUUCGAUGACCAAGACACUGCCAUGGAUGCUGAUGGUGACGAUGAUGUAUCAGACGAUGAUGCAGGGAAGGAUGGCGACGAAAUGGACGAUGAUGAGAUGGAAGCCGAUAUGGAUAUGGUUACAGGCGCAGACGACCAUCCAGAUGAGGUUACUGGACUCGACGAUCUGCCAACGCUGAAGUCACUCGUCCAGACGGCCAUACCUACGAUAAUCAAAGUCGCGAAAAGCGCUAGUGGCAAUGAAAAAGAGACACUCCUGAUUCGUGGUCACGCAUUUACAGCGCUCAACAACAUCGCCUGGACAGUUUCCUGCAUAGACUUCUCUGGCGGCAGCAACGCCCCAGUUUCAGCAGCCUGGACCCCUACAGCGCAGAUGAUUUGGAAAGAGACAAUUUCGCAUGUGCUUUCGAGCGACACGUCGGAUGUGUCUUUGGCGACGAUGGUGACGAGCUUGGCCUGGGCGCUCGCACGAACAUUGCAUGAUAAGACGCCGCUCGGUGCUGAAGAGCCUAAAAAGUUUAUGUCGCUUUACCAUGCAUCGACCGGCUUGCCCGCGGAAGUAGAAGAUCCUUUCCAAGGACUUGGAGUCAAGUGUAUUGGAGUGUUGGGGCAACUUGCUCUAGAUCCUGCGCCAUUGCAGCUCAACCGUGAAAUCGGCGUGUUCCUGGUCACAGUUGUGGCCAAGCUGCCCGAAACGCCGGCAGCAGAUACUGUUGAGGCAUUGAACCAGCUGUUUGAUAUUUACGGGGAUGAAAACCAGGCAUGCGACAAAGAAGUUUUCUGGAAGGACAAUUUUAUCAAGUACUUGGAGGAAGUAGUCCCAAAGGUCAAGGCCAUGGCGAAGAAAGUGGACAAGAGGAAUUUCACAGAACUACGCAUGCGCGCUGAUGAAGCUUCGCUAAACUUGACCAGGUUUAUCCAGUACAAACAGAAGAACAAACCAUCGAAUUAGGGUGUCUAGCUUCAUGGCGAGGAAAAGGGGGGGAUCGAAUUUAUACAUGGUGGUCAGAUGCGCCUGAAUGGCAGGGAAUAUAGUCUGACCAGAUAGAUAAAAGAAGAUUUUAAAAAUUCAAACCUAACAUAAAGAUGCCUAACUCCGUUUGGUGUAAACAUGGCUCUGGAAAGGAGACAACGGUACCACCUACAAAUUGGCUGUCGUUGCAUAUGGAUCUCCAUCCCGAGGAACAUGAAUGAAGGCGAGAUCAAAGAGGAGCACCCGGGUCGGGCCAGUGUGGUGGCUGACUGUCUGACUGUCAGACUGUCAGCUGUUCCGUUCCGUUGUGUAACCGCUAACUUACAGCAGACUAACCUGACUGUACUGUAGAACCAAAACCCCU